UGUAUUGUGCAGAUGGAGCCUGAGUAACAUAUGUUAACAUCAAGCAUCGAAAGAAAAAACUGUGUGUGUCCAAGCUCUUAAAUUUGCUGCAAUUAAAAAGAAAAAACUACCAAAAUUUUACAAUCAGGCAACACCACAAUGGCAACAAGCAAUGCAGAUAUUAUUUUGUUCAAAUCACAAAGCUGGGCGAAACCUCUUUCUUCCUCUUUCUUUUGUCAUCUGGCUAUCUCAACACCAUAAGGCAACAGGGAAAAUGACCCCAACCCUGAGGAUAUUUUUCUUCUUGAUGUUAACAAAUCCUAUAGAGGCUUCGAGUCAUCAGAACAUCAGUCAAGAUCUGCCUCCACAGCUGCAAAGAACCGUGGAAGAAGUCAUAGCUGGAAAGUAUCUAAAUGCUCUCCUUGAUAUACUUCACUUUCAAAGCACUAACAUGUGGACAACUGACCUGCUUGACCAAAUCAUGGCAAGCCUCCAUGAUCAGGAUAUUGAAAUUACUGCUAGCAGCCUACAGGUGUCUGUAAAAAAUUACCUGGGCAACCUCUUAUACCACCCCAAACUGCUGCUGUCAGAGUUUCGACAGAUGAAUCAUCCACAUUUUCAAACAGCAAUGAAGUAUCUCUUCGGCAGCAAGCAGGAGCAUUUGGAGUUGGGAAAUAUUGUUAUCGAUCUGGCCGGCAUAAGAGAGAGGAUUUUCCAAAGUCCAGGAGGAAACAGGACAUUGUUCCUUGUUACUCUGGAAAGGUGCUUCCUGAUGCUGAACGCUGUGGAAUGUGUGGACAUAUUAAGCCAGGUCCUUCAGGCAUCAUCAAUGACCUACCUACAACGCCACACCAUAGCAAGGCUCCCAAACGAUCUGCAAGAAGAUGCUUUUCGAAACCUAUCAACUGUGUUCAGAGACCUGUAUGACAGAACAGGAGCAAAUGCACAAAAGGCUCUAUACGACUGGAUGACACAAAUCCUACAAAAAUCCUAUAAUACCAGUGAACCGGAGAAUUCUACUUCGUGGGUCAGUGCAGAAAACCUGUGGAUUCUAGGAAGAUAUAUGGUUCACCUCCCACUGGAAGAAAUCACAAAAAUUAACCCUAAUGAAAUGAGAUUGUUCAUCAGUUAUGACAAUGCAACAAAACAGCUUGAUACCGUAUAUGAUAUCACACCGGAUCUUUCGCUGGCUUUCUUGGAAAGAAUAAAUGCAUCAGGAUUUGAUAUGAGAAACACCUCAACUCUCUAUAGGUUAGGCUUGCUGGUUUGUUUUUACAAUAGCCUGGAACAGAUGGAUGCCAAUGUGGCCCGGGUACUGCUUCAUCAAAUGAUUAAAUGUAACCAGCUGAGGGGUUUCCAGGCUGAUGUUCAGAAGCUCAAAUCCCAACUUCUUGACAUUGCCAUGCAAAACCAGACGUUGAACGACACUCUUGGGUCACUCUCGGACGCAGUUGUGGGACUAACUAUCAGCCAGUUGGAGUCUCUCUCACCUGAGGCUGUGCACAAUGCUAUUCCAACCUUAAACCAAGUCUCUGGAUGGGCCAAAAGCCAGAUUAUGAUUUUAUCCAGCAAAUACCUGAUGUAUGAAAAGGCUUUGUCGUUUCAUAAUGUAAGUCAAAUGGGUGCUUUGGCGACUGGGAUCAGCACCCAGGCAUUCCGCAACAUGAGUCCCAAAGAGCUCUCUCAGGUUGUCAGAGGCGCACUGGCGCAACGUGCAUCAGAUUUGUCACCAGCACAGCACCAAGGGAUCCUCCGGAAGAUGAUCGAAUCCACAGAGCUGAUAUCAGUGAUUGCCGAUAUGCAGGGGGCCUUUUUUAAAGAGGUGUCACUUAUUACUUUGUGGAUGGAGGAAGGACUGAACUCUUCACUGGUGAAAGACAAAGAAUUAAGGCCAAGUCAGGCCUUGUUUCUGUAUGAAUUGUUGUCAAAGAAAACCCCUCCUCCCGACCUCUUAAGCAUCAGCCAAUUGGUGAAAGGAGUAACGUGCGGUCAGCUUGAGAGUAUGAGCACCAUCUCUUUUUUAAACACAUUCAAAGUUUUUGAAAAGAAUCUUCACCUGCUGUCGCCAUAUCAGAUCAAUUGUCUGGCUUGGAAAUUUUGGAUACUCUCCAACGCAUCUGUGCCUCCCUAUCUCUUAUCAGUGCUUCCCGCUGAGUAUCUGGAAUCCAUUUCAGGACCUCUCUGUGCCCCUUUUGUUACCAGCCUGGGGAAGCUUGAACUUGACCGUCUUGUUUCAAAUAGGCAGAAGAAACAAGUAAUUCUGCAAAAAGUGCAAGACUGCCUGAACGGCUCGGCCAUCGAUGAAUAUGACAUUGACUUGCUUGGAAAUCUCAUUUGCCAUCUACCACCGGAGUUUAUUUGUGAGGGAAUCUCGCGGGAAGCGAUGGCAACAGCCCUUCACCGGUUCGGACUAUGCCAUCAUCUCAGCGAUGAUCAGAAGACAGAAAUCAAGCGCAGACUUAUUGAAUUGCACAGUUCCCCAAGAAACUGGACAGCUGAAACCACGCGGGACGUUGGAUCAUUCGUAGCCCUUUUGCCAAAAGCUGAAUUAAGCAUCCUCGUGGAAAAGUUUCCUGAUAUCAUCUCGGAAAUAGCAUCAAAAAUGACUGGGCCAGUUCUGCCAACUGAGGAGCUGCUCUUGGCUCAAUUUGAAUCUAUCCACAACUCCAGCAUCCCAGGGACAACACCUGAUUCGACUUCUGAUUGCGCAGACGUCAUGGCACCUUCCUCAGAGGAGAUUAUGAAAUUAUCAGGAGCCAACAUGUUCUGGUCAGCUCAAGAGCUGGCCUGUAUGGAUCCAGGCACUUUCGCCAAGACUGUGGAAUACCUUGGCUCUGUGGUCCGUUUCGAUACUUCUCAGCUUGCUGCACUGAAAGAGAAAGCUAAGGAGUCUUGGGGCCCCCUGACAAGCUGGAAGAGCUACCACAUAGUUUCCCUUGGGCACAUUGCUGCAGUGCUAAAUGAGACUGAAAUUGGAAUGCUGGAUUUGGGUUCUAUUGAUACCGUUGUGGCACUCAGCCAGCAAACAGAAUGGAGCCCUACGCAGGCCAGGUCUAUUUUACAGGGCUUUCUGGAAGACUCAGGUCAAGGAAUGGACACCCUGAAAAGCUUUGAUUUGGCUGGACUAGGCCAUAAUCUUUGUGCUCUGAACUCCACAGAGAUCGAAUCUAUAAAUGCAGUUGAGUUCAGUGCUGUUGUUUCAAGAAUUGGCUCUCUGCCAUGCAGCACAAACGUUCUGAAAGAGUUUAAGAAGAAAGCAGAGUCUGUGUUUGGAAUUGCUACAGGGUGGGACAGAUCUAUCCUGCAGGAGAUUGGCAACAUUGCAGCUGGCUUAAAUGGGGAAGAAUUAAAAGCUCUUGAUAAAGAAUUGAUGCCCUAUUUCCAUCCAACAGCAAUAAAAUAUAUCCCUGAUGAAAUCUUCAAAGAGCUGUCCCCAGAUCAAAUAGCAAACCUUGGUCCUGAAAAUGCUGCCGUGGUGACAGAGUUGCAGCGUCAGCAUCUCAAUGGAUUGCAGCUUCAGAGUCUUCAGCUGGCGAUGGAUGGAGCCAGAACAAACAUCCAGGAGUUUCCUCUCCAUGAGAGCACGGUCAGACCGACAUACACAUCAGUUCAGAACAGUGCUCCAAUUUCCUGCAGUUUAAGUCUUUGGGUGUUUACUGCAUUCAUCCUGCAUCCUGUUUCCUGAAUCAAGUUAUCACUGUUAAGAGUUUAUGACGGCUACAGCUCACCUGGGUGGAUACAGAAACGGUCUUUUGGAAAGCCUACUGAUGCGGAGAAAAUAAAAAACAUUGCAGCUCUUUAAGAAGUACGGUAGCUGUGAGUCUUAGGAAUCCAUUCAAGUGAUGUUUUCCAUCUUCCCAUAACCAUGGCCAUAAGAAGUAGCAAUGGCCAUUGAUUGCCAUUGAGGCACUACAAAACCAGAUGUAAUGUUUGUAGAAUAAUAGCCAUAGCUUUUAGAAUGAAUCACCAGGAGAACACACUCAUGUUGAAAUCCUUCAGUUGCUAGGUGUUGGGACGUGAGCCAAUGGGAGACAGAACACCCAUUUAGUGUCACAUGCUGUUGAAUGAUGAUUCAAAUGUACAGAUAUUGGCUGCUGGAAACAAGAUGUUCACUAUCCAGACCGCUGGCUCCAUCACCCAGGCGCGAAUGCUCUUAAUAUACAAAAACUCCAUGGUGUAUUAUGUAGAACAGAAGUGGGGAAUCUUUCGUGGGCCCGUGUGCAGUGAGCUCCCAGGAGCCAGGAAGGGUCGGUGAAACAUAAGAAUAAACUGACACAACAAUGUUGUGGAAUUGAAAAUCUCCACAACUUUAUUGAUUACAGACGUCUGUAGGCUUUGACGUUGGGUAUGUGUCCUUAGCUGCCUGACGGAUGACUGACAUUGAACAGGGCUGUGCCUAAGUUAAGGCUCACCUCAAGACGCAGGUCAACCAAGGUGACCCCCUGGGCUGCCAUAUGGGAAGUUCUAUGGCUUAUCUGUCGACCCCCAGCCCUGCAUGAACUUGCAGACAGAUUCUCCCACCCAGACUCCUUUAGCAGGUGACUCUGAGAUAUCGCACCUGCUCAAGGAGGUGAGGUAGUAUCUCACCCACCGGAAACAGACUAAGGAUUCAACCCAAUGCCUUUUCUGCGAAAGAUUGGGACAAACAACAAAAGCAAAAAACAACAACCCCUCACUGGCCCAAUAUGUCUGGAGGCAAACCCUUCCUGGCCAUGAAUACGGUGACCAAUUAUCUCCACAGUAAGGUUCUUCAUACGCACUGCCCCCAUUCCUUUAGGGCACUGCCAAUUUACAGGGUGGGUAGGUGGGUAGUUCAGCUUCCCCGACUGUGCCGCUGGCACCUGGCACAGCUGGCUUAAAUACUCAGUGGCAGACCAGAAUGAGGCAUUUGUUCUCCUGGUCCACCGCUGAAGCCCUGCCCCAAACC